AUGGCGAUCAAGCCCAAGAACAUCACGACGGACGGGAAGCGGGAGAUGACGAUGCAAGAAUUCAGAGCGUGGUUGGGAAGGUUCGACACCGACAAAGACGGCAAGAUCAGCAGACAAGAGCUGUCGGACGCCGUUCGCGGCGCCGGAGGGAGGUUCGCCUGGUGGAAGUGCCGGCAGGGGCUCCGGUCAGCCGACUCCGACGGCAACGGUUACAUAGACGCAAACGAGAUUAACAACCUUGUCGAUUUCGCCCAGAAGCAUCUCGGCGUCCGAAUCGUCAAUUUCUGA